GCAUUUGUGAAAACCGUUCUGACUGCAAUUCGUGUAUUGGUAGUGACACAAAUGUAGCAGGCUGCAAGUGGAUCACGUGUGAAGGAAGCAUGUGUGUAAACGAAACUGAAGUAGGUUUGAAAUACCAGAACUGUACAGUUGAGGAACAGUGUUCUUCUCGUACAUGGAAGACCACCCCUCGGCCUUCCAGUAAUGCUACUACUGCCGCCCCCCGGCCUUCCAGUAAUGCUACUACUGCCGCCCCCCGGCCUUCCAGUAAUGCUACUACUGCAGCCCCUCAGCCUUCCAGUAAUGCUACUACCCCAGCUCAUACUACUAUAGCUAACAUCACCAAUGUAACCAAACAUGCUCCUCUAUCUACAACUGCCAUUACUUCAGCUACAACAACCAGUAUUCCAGGUACAAAUGCUACGGUGACUCCUACACCUUCGCGCAAAUCUACAUUUGAUGCUGCGAGUUUCAUAGGUGGAAUUGUCCUUGUUCUGGGUCUGCAAGCUGUUGUUUUCUUUCUGUACAAAUUCUGCAAGUCAAAAGACCGAAACUAUCACACGCUUUAGGAUCUGCCACUUUGUAAUGGACUAGUAGCCCAACCAACACCUGUAGUUUACGGAACCAAAAUAUUUUCUGUUGCUCAUGGAAGACAGCAGUUCAUAAUAUCCUUUAAAUCUCUAAAAGAUGACUUUAAAAGAGUAUUUUUUGUGACAUUAUACUUGGCAAGAGGUGAUACGAAUCUCUUCAACAGGAUUACUUGCAAUAUGCUGCAUGGGUUCUAAUGGCUGUCUUAUUUUCCUUUAGUGGCUGCUGCUGUGGGACUUUUUUUUUUAAUAUGCCAAAUGUAGACGUUCAGAGAUUCUUAUUCAGUGGCAACACUGUCUUGAGUAGACAAUCUCUUGAUGACUUAUUGUGAAGGCUAAUUUAAUCAACACUUGAUACAGUAUCCCUUUGGUUUUAUCAAGAUGUGAAUUACCGGUGACUGACUUCAGGGAGUGAAAUACCAUUUAUACUAGCGUGUGGCUCUUGGAGCAUGCUGCUAGAAAGAUGAACAAAAUUGUAGAAAUAGAUAAUGUCUUAAUGGAA